AUGAUUUCUCCCUCGAAGAUUGGCUUCGUGGUGGCUUGCUGCCUUGCUGCCUACGCGUCUCCGAUCCUGGAGGUUGACGACGUAGUGAAGCAUGCCUGGCUCACCGUUCCUCAAGGUUGGGUGGACAUCGGUCCCCCUCCUGCAGACUACAUCGUCGAUCUCAAGAUUGCGCUCAAGCAGGGCGGCUUCGAGGAUCUGGUAGGUCUGCUGCACGAGAUCAGCGACCCAUUGCACCCAAGCUACGGUCGACACCUGUCCAAGAGGGAGGUGGAGGAGUUGAUUGCGCCGGACCAGUCUACGCACACGAUCAUUCAAGACUGGCUUGUCUCACAUGACAUAAGUCUCACCUCCGCCAGCUACUCCCCGGCAAGAGACUGGCUCUCCCUCCCUGCGCCCAUCGCCAUCACAGAGAAGCUGCUCUCAGCAAAAUAUCGCACAUACGAACACCUCUCCACCGGCGAGCAGAUCGUCCGCACGCUCUCGUACAGCCUUCCCGUGGCUCUGCACGCGCAUGUUGACCUCGUUCACCCCACGACCAUGUUUGAUAGGAUGAAAGCGAUGCGCACGACCUACAUGCUCGAUGCGGCAUUGCCCGCUGCGGAAGAUAUCCCCCUGAGCUGCAACACGACUGUGACGCCGGCUUGUCUUCAGGCUCUGUAUCGGACGUCGGGAUAUGUCCCUCAAGCAGCAGAUAAGGGGAAUAAGAUAGGCGUUGCUGGUUACUUAGAACAGGCACGCAUUCACGCGUCAUUGAUCCCACAAUUCCGCCCAGACACCGUCGGCGCAAACGUGACGAUCGUCUCUGUCGACGGUGGUCUGAAUGACCAAAGCCUGCCCGGAACAGAAGCCGACCUCGACGUACAGUACACCGAAGGCCUGACAUAUCCCACCCCGAACUAUUACUACUCCACCCCUGGAACGGCGCCGACUAUCAAUGACUCCGUGACGCCUCCCCAGCGUGAUGAACCGUAUCUGGACUGGCUGAACUAUGUGCUGGCGUUGCCUGAUGAGGAGGUCCCGCAGGUAUUUACGACAAGUUAUGGAGGUGACGAACGUUCCCCUAUGAAUGGGCAGUGUACGUGUCCUUCUCCUUUCCGUACUCGUUCAUCCGUAAUUGAACAUCCGAUUACGCGGGUUUGUGGUAUGUUCGCCCAGCUGGCAGCCAGAGGCAGCUCGGUCAUAUUCUCCAGCGGUGAUGGUGGCGUAAGGGCGGGUACAUGUGAGACAAAUGAUGGUACAAAUAGGACGCUGUUCCAACCAGUUUUUCCUGCUACAUGCCCGUACAUCACCGGGGUCGGCGCGACGUACCAAAUCGCCCCAGAGAAAGGCAUUUAUUUCUCGCAAGGCGGAUUCUCGAGAUACUUCGACCGACCCGUUUGGCAAGCUGCUGCAGUACCGCCUUUCUUGGCGAAGCUCGGAACAACCUACGCUGGUCUGUACAAUCUUUCUGGUCGUGCAGUCCCCGAUGUCAGCGCGCAAGGCUACGGAUUCCAAGUUGUCGUUGGAGGUCAGGUAGAAUCGGUGGGCGGUACUUCCGCCAGCUCUCCGACGUUCGCAAGUAUUGUCUCGCUUUUGAACGACUACCGCAUCGCGAACGGUCGUCCUUCCCUGGGAUGGUUGAAUCCGUUGCUCUAUUCUAUUGGUGUAUCUGGCUUCACUGAUAUCCUGCUGGGAAACAACCCGGGAUGUGGGACAACCGGAUUCAACGCCACAGAAGGUUGGGACGCAAUUACGGGACUCGGGACGCCGGAUUUCGUCAAGCUGCAGGAGCUGCUUGGAUUCAUCUAG